AUGCAGCCUGUUGCUUCUGACAGUGAUGACAACAAUGAUGACAACAGUGAUGACAACAGUGAUGACAGCAAUGAUGACAACAAUGAUGACAACAGUGAUGACAACAAUGAUGACAACAAUGAUAACAGUGAUGACAACAAUGAUAACAACGAUGAACCAGAAUCAUCAGAGCCCUCCAUUAUUUCAAAACCUGCAUCUGAACGGUACCAUUACAAUAGAGCCAUUUUUGAUGUGGAAGAUUCAUCAGAUGAUGAACAGCACUCAACUGAUCAACUGAGCAGUUUGUCUUUGCCAUCACAGCACUGCAAAUCUGAUGAUGAACUCGAAGAAGAAAGAAUUCUUUCUAUUGCAAAAAAUGUUCUUUGCAAAGAAGAGAAUAAAGCUUCAAAGCCAAAGAAGGUGUCUGAGAGCGUCAUUAGAGCUGAGCGUGGGAAGGAGCUGGCCACCAUCCGCAGUGAGAGUCAACGCAGGGUCCGUGAGGGCCCCAUCAGUUUACCUUACCAUAGACCCAAGCAGCGCUCACUCCAGGAGUUUCUCAGCAGAAAGAAAAAUGAGAUCAUUCCUCUGCCAGUUGGACGCUGUGGCCUUAAGAUGAGCAUGAAGAAUAUGCAAGUUCUGAGGCAAAUUGAGGUGCGCAAGAAAGAAGCUGUUGAGUUCUAUAAGUCAGAAUCUGAGGCUGAGAAUUCAGAUGAAGAAUGGAAACCGAAUCGAGAGGAGACCGAGGAGCAUGGUAAAGAACAGUUGACCAAAUGUAUCAUUGCCCCAUCCACUGAGGAGAAAACGGUUAGUAUUGUUUGCUCACCUGUGAACAACAUUGUCUCUGCUGAAGAUCCGUCUGUAUCUGAGGAUGAAAUGGAAGCUACAUCAGUGAAGCCUCUUCCUGACAUUGAUGAUUUGCCUGCACUGUCUUCAAAAGAAUCAUUAUCUAAUGAUUUAUCAACUGACCUCGACACAGUCAUUAAUGAAUAUAUUCCUAUGUACGACCUCGAGGAGAAUAACUUAUUAAAGCCAGUACAGCUGAAGGAUUCAUCAUCUGAAACUUUAGAACAAUUGCCUGCAGUUUCAGAAUGUCCCCUUUCUGAAAGCUCAAACUUGACUGCCUCGUCAAUCACUCAUUUCCCGAACAAUGUACGUCCUUUCAAUGAACAGACACGCGAACAAGAGGAUGAUAGAGACGAAUUUUUGACAAAUAUGAAUGAAGAAGUCAGUCCACCAGCUGCGGGCCGAGGCUCCAGGCUGGAGACUCAGGACCUUCUGGAUGAAGAUAUGCCUGAACUGCUGCUGGAAGAAGGACCGGAAGAUGAAAUAAAUGACAGUACAAACGAAACCAAUGAACAGGAUGAUAGCCUUCAAAUUUCAAAACAUUCUUCAGUUUCAUUGCAUCUUCAACGCCCGCUUCAAGAAGGUGUGAUAUCCAGAAAUGGAACUUUAAACUCAGAUGAAGGAAUUUUGCAGCCUCAAUCAACACCUACAGCCCUUCCUCCUAAGUUGAGUCGUUUAGCUGCUAAACUGGGCGCUCCCCUUCCCUUAAGUAUCAGUACAACUCCCCGUCUCACUCCUGGCUCUAAGCACCUUGGGAUGAUUGAUCUGGAUACUGAUUUUGCUUCUCCAGCUCCUCCCGACCCUGGCUUGGUGGAUUUAAAGAACAGAUUUGCCUUGCAUUCUGCUUCGAAACUUUGCCGCAAGAAGCCCGAGCAAGUCAGUUUGGGAGUAGUGAGCAAAGAAAAGGACAGCCAAGGGAACGAGCAGCUGGUGAUGUCUUCUGUUCUUGUCAACCUUGAGGGUGAACCAGAUAGCCCAUUGGCGCAAUGCACGACUCCAGGGGCAAAACUUCAGUUUCUCAAAGACAGUCUGCGUGCGAAAAUGACGGAGCGGCGAGCCCGCGCCACACGGGAAAAGCAAAUGCAAAAAGAUUUCUUGGAAACUGAAGAAGUCCAAAAGUUGGAGGAUCCAUUUGCUCUGCCCGAUGAUGAAGAGGAAGCAGAGCUCACCGAGUCCUCGGAAGGCGAGUCCGAGCCCGAGUUGGAGGACGACGUUGACAUGACCGACAAGCCCAGAACUAAGAGCAAGUUUCUCGAGGAUGAGGCUGAAGUGGAUGAAGACGAAGAAAUAAUGGAUGAGGCUGCCGGUAUUGACGGUGAAGACGACCGCAUGGAUGAUUAUGAUAGUAAUAAUGAGUGCAGUGAUUCGGACGAGGAGGUUGUGAUGGUGAGAAAGCCCUCUAAGAAAUCCAAAAAUGAGAGCAGAAGAAAAGCCUUGCUACUGGACAGUGAUGAGGAAGAAGGCAAUUCUGACGAAAUGGACGGUACAGUAGGGGAUGGACCAUCUAAAUCCCCAGUUCAGGUUGAUCUUAAAGAGUACUCUGAAUGUCACGAUGACACGAUGGCUGUCAAUGACAAUCUAUCCAAAACAAUUGAAACAUCCCAGACUGUUGCUGAUGAUGACUUGCCAGAUACGCAGCCCAUCUCAUCACCCAAUAAAAAGUCUCCUAACAGUUCACAUAAUCAACGCGAGAGCAUCGAUGGCAUGUGCUGCUCCCUGGACGACAGCAGCAGCCUGGAGCUGCAAGGAUCAUGUCUGCCUGCCCACCAGCCCGUCCGCACCCGCCGCCCAGCCCACCAGGCCGACCUCCAACCAAACUCCUCCGAGCGCGGAAGCUUGGGCCUCGGCUUGGGUCUGGACUUCAGCAGCACGGAUUUGUGGUGCGCCGGUGACAACAGCAGCAGCAAAGCCAGCAAUGCUCGGUUCCCUUCAUCGACACUGUUGCCCUUGGCUGAUUACGAUGGCAUUGACGCGACUGCUGAGAAGGACGUGACUCGGGGAAACUUUUCCACAAGCCAGGAGCUGAGGCUGGACUUUCGAGGCUUAACUGGCUCGCAGGAGCCGCGCAAUGACGGCGAGCUUCCUGACUUGCUAUCUGGUCGCUUCACAGGUGCCACUAUUGAAUCUACCGAGAGAGAUGAUGGCACAAACGACAUAGGCAGUCUGAUGGAACUGUGCACCGGUCAGUUCACUGAUGCCAUUUCCUGCAGCCCUCCUGCCAUUCCUCUGACCCUGUCUGAUGAGCCUCCUCCACUGACUCUCCCUGACGUGCCCUUCUCCCUGCCAGUCAAUAUUCCCUCCACUGGAGAAUUAGCCCUCGGCUCACAAUUGGUUACAAGUCCUUCACACCGCAGUGCCUUUGAAGACACUGUAGUGCUGGCGCAAGAUUCACAGACACAAAUAGGCCUUUCUGCCUCCAUAACCUCUCCCCUAGGACCUGAGCAAGAUGAACUGCUUGAUCUUUGCUCAGGCGAUUUCACCGAAUUGGUAUCCCAAAAGAAAAAAGCGGCAAACAAAGCUCCUGUGCCAGCCGGUCAAGCCAAACUAACAAAUUUCUUCACUCGUGCUCCGCCUAAGAAGAGAACUCACGAUGACGAUGGAGGAAAUCGACAACUUGGCUCCACUGCUUCUGCUGGCUCGGCUCAGACAAAGACUGUCUUGCUGAGCUUAACUGCGCCUGACAUGCCCGAAAUUAUUUCUUCCGCAAAUGAAACAAAACAACAGAGUCUUAGCCAGAACAAUGAGCAUGAGAAGAUAAUGGUAAAUGACGAAUCGAAUAGUGACUUGGAAAGUUUGAGUGCAGAUAAAGUCGAAUCAGAUGACGGGAAUGAGGUUGAUGUGUCGAGGAAGAAACGACGUAGAAUCGUGCUCUUGGAUGAUGGAGAUGACGACGAGGAAGAUUUAGUUGAAGAAAGCGGCCAGAUUAUUACUGAAGCAAAGGACGCCAGUGACGAUGAAGAAGAAGGAGACUUGGAACAACAAGGGAAAGUUAUCCUGUAUGAUGAUGAUGAAAAUGAGGUCCCUGUUAAAUUCCCCGCCUUCAAAGACAGGGAGAAAGGGGGCAUUAGAGCAGAUUUCCUGGAAAAUGAAGCAGAGUUGUCGGGAUCUGAGGUGGAAAGUGAUGAGGAGGAGCAAGAAGACGACGACCUCAUGGACGAAGAGGAGGGAGACAAGGAGCACUUUGAUGAAGAGCAGCUCAGGGAGCAGAUCGGACAGACACAUGUGCGUGGGGAGCUGGCGCGUGACCAGCGGGAGGUGCGUCUCCUGCAGGAGCUCUACCUUGAGGACGGUGACCUGCAUGGCGAGGGCCGACAACGCACUUUCAGAUGGAAGAACUUGAAUGAUGAUGAGGGAGACGACGGUCCCAGAGCUGACGACUCUGAUGAAGCAGAUGCUGAAGAUGACGAGGAGUCUUCUCAGUGGCGCAAGGAGCGCCAUGAGAGGGAACUUUUCAUGAAUAAGAAAAAUGAAACUGGUGAAGAUGACGAUGCUGAUUUGACUCUCGGGUUAACUGCAGCUUCUGGUCUCCUAAAGACGACCUCUAUUCCUGUCAUCUCAAAGACUCGCUUGCUCAGCAAAGCUGCCGUUGAGAAUUCCGCCACGAACGGCGCUGGAAAGAAACCCCUGAUGCCCGCUAAUCCUGAAGGUUUAAACUCGACCUCGAUUUCUAGCAAUCCACUAAUCCUGGCUCGUCAGAGCUCGCUACCCGGACAGUUGACUAAAUGUGGGUCAUUCUUGUCUCGCGGCGCAUCAAAACUCGCACGUCUUGCCUCGCUGAUCAAAGAACGCAACGACGGUUCACGGAACGUCGCCGCCACAGCGAACGCCGGUGGCAGUUUCAUCUUCCACUCCGUAACGGCGGAAGAAGCUCACCGACAAAGACAUGGAUCGAUUAAAUCCAACGACUGUGCCAUUGCUGAGGAAAGAAACAUGUAUAAAAAACGGCCAGCCAGUAAUACUGCAUCGCCCUCUCAAAAUCUCUACAAAAAACCUCGAUUAGACCGAACCUUGAGAGUUGGACCUCGAUUGUCAAAUUCCAGUAUAUUUAAGCAUUUCUAAGUUUUGCUCAGAGUGGUAAUUAUAAGAACGCUAUGUACAUAAUGACUAUAGGUGAAUGUACAAAGUGUAAAUUCAUUGUCAACUCUUUUGUGUUCUUUCUUUCUUCCUUCACUACUCUUGAUUUGAGUUUCUUUCUCUUGUCCUUUUAUCAGUUGUACUAACUCGUUUCCUCGUCACUCAUUUUCGUUUUUCUUAAGAAGGAAAUAUCUGCGUUAACGAUUUAUUGAAAAAAUACACCUCUCUCAUUCAGAAGCUCCGCGAAAAUUUUAAUUCCUCUAAUGAUUUUAGAUGAAUUUUGUUCAAGACUGUUUAAAUCGCCGUGCCUGCAUAGAGGUCGAAAAAUGUUGAAAUUCCAAAUAUUUUUCAACGACAGAGGACGUCUUUUCGAUUGAAAAUUGAAUGGUGAAAUAUUUUCUUUGGAAAUCCCUUCCUCUGUGGUCCAGCGAGGAUUUAUUGAGUCAUCAUCUUUGCAUUUGUUUUUAAAUCAAUCCUGCUUGUUUUCAAUCGCAUUGCACUCUAGCUACUUAGUAUUUAUUCCUAGACUUCAUUUCUAACGUCGCAGGUUGUAUCAAAUGUCGUCUGCCUGGCUAAUUUAAUUAGAAACAAUCGAAAAUAAGUUUCAGUUUUAUUGAAUGCUUAUAGGGUAAGAAUGUCCUAUGUUGUAUGUUCAACACAGU